AUGAGCAUUUUUCAUCGAACAAUAUUCAAUCGUCAUUAUUUAUUAUUAUCAAAACGAUUUCUUGCAUCAUCAACAGCAUCGGAAUUAAAGUUAAGUGAUAGCUGUGUUCGACGUCUACAAGCCAUUUGUAAAGAUAAAUCCGAUAAACUUCGCGUGUUUGUUGAAGGCGGUGGUUGUUCAGGUUUUCAAUAUAAAUUUACAAUUGAAUCAAAUAAUAAUCUAAAUAAAGAAGAGCAAGAUCGCAUAUUUGAACGUGACGGUGCACAAAUAAUUGUUGAUAAAGAUUCAUUAGAAUUAUUAAAAGGCUCAACAGUUGACUAUCAAGAAGAAUUAAUUCGAUCAAGUUUUCGUAUUUUGAAUAACCCAAACGCUGAACAAGGUUGCUCUUGUGGUUCCAUAAGAGCAAUUAAUAAAGGUAGACGUAUUACAAAUAUCCCAAGUCGAGCUGCUAUCACCCUAACCGAAACAGCUGUCCGUCGAGUUAAAGAAAUUUUAAAUGCUAGACCUGAUUCUAUUGCACUCCGUAUUGGUGUUCGGCAACGUGGUUGUAAUGGUUUAUCUUAUACAUUGGAUUAUGCAAAAGAAAAAAAGAAAAUGGAUGAAGAAGUGAAUCAAGAUGGAAUUAAAUUAUUAAUUGAUCCAAAAGCACAGUUAACAUUAUUAGGUACCGAAAUGGAUUUUGUACAAGAUAAACUUGCAAGCGAAUUUGUAUUUAAUAAUCCAAAUAUCAAAGGAACAUGCGGAUGCGGAGAAUCGUUUAAUGUUUAA